AUGUCCCUCACCCCCGCUCUCUCGCUCUAUCGGCGCUCGCUGAAGCUGUCCCUUGACUGGGCUGUCCACCGAUCAGUGUGGCGGGGACAAGCCGUUUAUAUUCGCUCCCUCUUCGAAGCCAACAAGGACGUCCGCGAUCCUCGCCAGCAACAGGUAUUGCUGCGCGAAACAGAGAAAAUCCUCGAAGAGUGGAAACACCCCGAUCCUUACCGCCAUCCCACUGCCCCUGGUGGAAACAAAUGGGAGAGAAACCUGCCCGCUCCUAUUCUACCAUACGCCGCGCCCCCGGCCGCCCACUAA